AUGAAUUUUAGCAACCAUGAACGAGUCAGCAGCGAUCUUACUACCACAUUUCACGUGAUGUCAUCUACAACAUCGGGACGCAAUGUGCAAAGCUUUACGGAAGUCCCCCAUUCGUCCGACCCAGUCGAGCCUCUUGCAGCCAGCGAUCAACAUAGCCGUCCCGAUCCUGCGGUCGGAAUGAGUGGUGGGAUCUUCCAGGAUGCCAGCUCCGGCAAGUAUUCUACCGUUGACAUUGAUUUACUCUCUGAGGAGGCUUCAUCUUCCAGUUGCGUUACUCUUCCACCAUCUGCGCCAUCUGCACGUGGUACGAUGAAGGAUGGUAUAUCGAUUUAUGACCAAAACGUUCGUGGAUUACGCACUAAAAUCGACGAAGUGUUCAUCGGUGUGGCUGAAUCCGAAUUCGACAUCAUCGUACUGACUGAAACAUGGCUAGAUGAGAAAAUCUACUCAGCGCAAUUGUUUGGCGGGAAUUUUUCAGUAUUUCGUUGUGACCGGAGUUCACAAAACAGCAACAAAUCAUGUGGCGGCGGCGUACUUAUUGCUGUGUCAGCAAGAUUGAGUGCAUAUAUCGACCCUAUUCCUAUCUGUAACACGCUCGAGCAGAUUUGGAUCAGAGUGAAGCUACCGCAUCAAUCACUGAGUGUUGGCGUCAUUUAUCUGCCUCCCAACCGCAGAGGUGACCAAAUUUGCAUCAGGGACCACAUACGUUCAGUAGAAGCAAUUACCUCCAACCUUAGUCUAUGUGAUCUGGUAUUGUUAUUUGGUGAAUAUAAUCAAUCAGGUUUAGUUUGGAGCUUUCCGAUGAAUUCGCCACCAACAGUUGACAGCUUGAAGUCUCGUAUAUCUGUUGCUUGUGCAUCUCUCCUGGAUGGUUUUAGUGAGCAGGGCUUCGUGCAGAUCAAUCAUGUUACAAACAGAAAUUCUCGCCUACUUGACUUAGUUUUGGUCAAUGAAUGUACGUUCCCGGUUUGCUGCGUUCGGGAAGCUGCUGAGCAAUUGACUUCACUUGACGCUGACCACCCCGCAAUCGAAAUUACUGUUCAGCCCUCCGCACCCAUUGAAUUCGUUGAAACUCUGGACGAAAAUAUCCUGGAUUUUGGUAGAGCUGAUUUCGCGUCCCUCAGUGCAGCACUUAUGCGUGUCGAUUGGCGUCGCUUAGAGUUGUUCGAAAAUGUUGACGAUGCGGUCAAUCACUUCACACAUAUUUUGAAACAACUGAUAUCAGACUCGGUACCUGUCCGCCAACCUCCUCGAAAGCCACCUUGGGGCAAUGCACAUUUGCGACGUUUGAAACGUCUGAGAUCUUCUGCUUUACGUGCUUACAGUAGACUACGCUGCCCACUCACUAAACAGCAGUUCAGCUUGGCUAGUAAUAAUUACCGCUCCUACAAUCGUUUCUUGUACCGACGAUAUACCUUGCACAAGCAAGCAAGCCUUCGUAAAAACCCGAAACUGGUCUGGUCAUUUGUGACUUCUAAGAAAAAAGAGGAAGGUUUACCAGUAUGCAUGUUCUUAAAAGACGAAGAGGCCAGCACAUCGCGCGAAAAAUGCGAACUUUUUGCUGCGCAUUUCAAGGAUACGUUUAAUUCGGUCAUUGCUUCAGACGCACAGAUAAACGCUGCUAUCGAAAACACUCCACGUGAUCUCCUUCAGUUGAAUAUCUUCCACGUGACCGAUCAUCUAGUUGAAAAAGCUAUAAAAAAACUGAAAUAUUCGUGUUCUGCUGGACCUGACGGGAUUCCCUCUUGCGUUCUCAAAAAAUGCAUGGCUGCGCUUAUUCGACCUCUAGUUAUUAUACUGAAUCUUUCCCUUCAGCAGAAAACAUUUCCAACGAUGUGGAAGAAAUCGAUAAUGUCUCCAGUACACAAAAAAGGAGACAAACGAAAUAUCGAAAACUAUCGCGGAAUCACGUCACUUUGUGCUUGUUCGAAGGUGUUUGAAAUCAUCGUCCAUGAAGCGUUGUUUGUUUGUAGCUCUCAAUACAUUUCCGUGGAUCAGCACGGCUUCUUUCCCAAAUGA